ACCAGGCCGAGGCGUUUGGAGUUAGUUUUCUGUGAAAGAGGGAGCAGGGAGUAUGUUUUAAGGCAAGAUGACACUAUCAGAAAAAAGUCAGUAUGGAGCCGGAGCCAGUGAGGAGGCUAUGCUGGGAGCCUGGGAGAGCCCUGCGGCCUGAGCCAGGGGCUGGACUCCCAAUCACCCUCGUUCUCAGGCGAGUCCCAGGGCGCUGCAGAGCCGAAGGGCAGGUCCCACAGCUCUCUGCAUGCCAAGGACGAUGCUGGAGCCAAUCACCAUCCGAGGGAUGCGUGUGUGCGACAACCACGACGUCUCUCACGGUUCCACCCUUCUCUGGAUACAACCUGGGUCUGCAGUCACCACCCUUUCUACUAGAUGCUGGAGUGAAGAGGCCAAGAGAGACCAGAGACAAAGGCAGACCAAUGUGGGGUGGGGUAAGUCACCACUCUGCCAGCCACCUGACCGUGCAUGGCAAACGCUUUUGAAGCGUAUUUGUUGAAUUCUGAGAACACGAACUCUCCAUCCCUUCAUUAAAGAGCUCACAGAAACCGCCUUCUCAGCCAGUCCAGCCGGACCACUGAAAGUUAUUUCAAGGCUUCCCACCCGUGGCCAGACCAGCCCACGUUGGUGCGCCUCGUGCCCCUAAAGGAGGUGAAAUAUGAACAAUGGAGUGCCGUUCAGCUGGUGGGUCGGGCGGUCCGGUGAGAGGCACCCUUCCUGGACAGGUGCCCCCACUGGAGCUCAGCAGUGUGGAUGCAGCCUGGACCAGAGUUGCCUGGACGUGGGACACUUGUGCAGCUGUGGCUCUAACAAGGAUGGAUGCAUCGUAAAUAAACUGCAAGAGGCAACAUUGCCUUACAAAAGGACAAAUGAUACUGGCUUGCUUUCCUUCAGAGACCACUUGCCCGUCACUCAGAUAGUUAUCACUGGUACCAACAGAUCAAACUCAGAAGCUGCUUGGAGAAUCGGUCCCUUGCGUUGCUAUGGUGACCCUUUAUCUGGAGUUUUCCUAGAAAACCUCGGCAUUAAAGACUUCAUCCGACUUGAAAUAAGCUCUCCUUCUGAGAUCAUGUUUGCCAUCGAUGUGGGGACUGGCCCCGUAGAGCUCAUAGCCCAGUCUCCUGCUCUUCUGAAUGACAACCAGAGGACCCUCAAGGAGACCUCACUGCAGGUGGAGAGCCUCGCGAGGGUCUCCAGGGAGACUUCAGAUGAAGGCCAUUUCCAGUUGCAGCUGAACAGCCAGUUGUUUGUAGCUGAAGCUCAGUGCACCAUAUACCUGGUCCACAUCGAAUAG